GAGUGAGCGGCGCCGGGGCCGCCCCGCCAGCCCGCCGUUCCCCGGCCGCCGUCCGGGCGCGCGCAGCGAGCGGGCGCGACUAUGCCAAGAUGGUCCUGCAGGCACGGAACAAGCACCGGGAGGCGGCCCCCAAGCCGCCCCAGCCACCCCGUGCCUCGCAGUCGCCGCUGAGGGGGGCACCAGAUGUCGGCGCCGGGGAGCCCGGGCCCGAGCGCGCGCCCCCGUCCCCUCGGCGCAAGGGCGCCGCGGGCAGGAAGGGGCCCCGCGCCGAGCCCGCCCCGCCGCUCGCCGGGGGCGGCCUCGGGGGGCGUUUGGCGGCCGGGCUGCGCGGGGCGCUGGGCCUGCGGCUCUCGGGGCGCGGCCGGACCUGGACCACGCUCCUGCUAGCUGCCUUUGCAGCAGUGUUGCACUGGAGCCAUAUCACACACCUCUUUGAAAAUGAUCGUCAUUUUUCUCACCUCUCAACAUUGGAAAGGGAGAUGGCUUUUCGCACUGAAAUGGGACUAUAUUAUUCCUACUUUAAGACUAUUGUGGAAGCACCCUCAUUUUUGGAUGGAGUAUGGAUGAUUAUGAAUGAUAAGCUGACUGAAUAUCCCCUUGUUAUUAAUACAUUAAAAAGGUUCAAUCUUUACCCUGAGGUAGUCUUAGCCAGCUGGUACAGGAUUUAUAUCAAAAUAAUGGACUUGAUUGGUAUUCAAACCAAGAUAUGUUGGACAGUUACCAGAGGAGAAGGACUCAGCCCUAUUGAAAGCUGUGAAGGAUUGGGAGAUCCUGCUUGCUUUUAUGUUGCUAUAAUUUUUAUUUUAAAUGGACUAAUGAUGGCAUUAUUCUUCAUAUAUGGCACAUAUUUAAGCGGCAGUCGAUUAGGAGGCCUGGUUACAGUGUUGUGCUUCUUUUUCAAUCAUGGAGAGUGUACCCGUGUGAUGUGGACACCUCCUCUCCGCGAAAGCUUCUCGUAUCCAUUCCUUGUACUUCAGAUGCUGCUUGUGACUCAUAUUCUCAGGGCUACAAAACUUUAUAGAGGAAGCCUGAUUGCACUCUGCAUUUCCAAUGUAUUUUUUAUGCUUCCAUGGCAGUUUGCUCAGUUUGUACUUCUUACUCAGAUUGCAUCAUUAUUUGCAGUAUAUGUUGUGGGAUACAUUGAUAUAUGCAAGUUACGGAAGAUCAUUUAUAUGCACAUGAUUUCUCUUGCACUUUGUUUUGUUUUGAUGUUUGGAAACUCAAUGUUAUUAACUUCUUAUUAUGCUUCCUCUUUGGUAAUUAUUUGGGGUUUACUGGCAAUGAAACCAUGUUUCCUGAAAGUAAAUGUAUCUGAACUUAGUUUAUGGGUUAUCCAAGGAUGUUUUUGGUUAUUUGGAACUGUCAUACUCAAGUAUUUGACAUCUAAAAUCUUUGGCAUUGCAGAUGAUGCUCAUAUUGGCAACUUAUUAACAUCAAAAUUCUUCAGUUACAAGGAUUUUGACACUUUAUUGUAUACCUGUGCAGCGGAGUUUGAUUUUAUGGAGAAGGAGACUCCACUGAGGUAUACAAAGACAUUAUUGCUUCCAGUUGUUCUUGUCGUGUUUAUUGCAAUCAUUAGAAAGAUUAUUAGUGACAUGUGGGGUGUCUUAACUAAACAACAAACACAUAUAAGAAAACACCAAUUUGAUCAUGGAGAGCUGGUUUAUCAUGCAUUGCAACUGUUAGCAUAUACAGUUCUUGGUGUUUUAAUUAUGAGACUAAAACUCUUUUUGACGCCACACAUGUGCGUUAUGGCUUCCUUGAUCUGCUCAAGACAGCUAUUUGGAUGGCUCUUUUGCAAAGUACAUCCUGGUGCUGUUGUUUUUGCUGUGUUAGCAGCCAUGUCAAUACAAGGUUCAGCAAAUCUGCAAACCCAGUGGAAUAUUGUAGGGGAGUUCAGCAAUUUGCCGCAAGAAGAACUUAUAGAGUGGAUUAAAUAUAGCACUAAACCAGAUGCAGUGUUUGCAGGUGCCAUGCCCACAAUGGCAAGUGUUAAACUCUCCGCACUUCGGCCCAUUGUGAAUCAUCCACAUUAUGAAGAUGCAGGUUUGAGAGCCAGAACAAAAAUAGUAUAUUCAAUGUAUAGUCGAAAAGCAGCUGAAGAAGUGAAGCGAGAAUUGAUAAAGUUACAGGUGAAUUACUACGUUCUGGAAGAGUCCUGGUGUAUAAGAAGAUCCAAGCCUGGUUGCAGUAUGCCUGAAAUCUGGGAUGUAGAAGAUCCUGCUAACGCUGGGAAACCUCCCUUAUGUAACCUCUUAGUAAAGGAAUCCAAGCCUCACUUCACCACUGUAUUCCAGAAUAGUGUUUACAAAGUCUUAGAAGUUAUAGAGGAAUGACCGCUGCCUACAGAGAAGUCCACCAGUAAUGGCAGAUUAACCUCAUUGUGGAUUGUCCUUGAGACCUGAGUCCUCAGGGAUGGUUUCCGGUGCCCACUCCGGGGAGCCAGUGAAGAGCUGUUCUCUUUCUGCCUUCUCACCAGAGCCCAAGGACAAGCCUGGUCUGGGGGAGGCACUAGCUUGCUUAGAGCAGACAGCUGCCGAGACAGCCUGGGCUGAGGAUUGUGCAGCCCCCAGCCUGCCCCAGAGCCCGCCUCUCCCAGGGAGCCUCCUUCCAGCGGAGAUUGUCAGUGUCUUCAGGUGCCUGCCCCUCUUUCUCACUUACCGGGUGACUUAUUUCUUGGUCUUUUGCCAGUCAGAAAACAAGGAAGCACCUGGGGAGUUGUGGAUUAGGAGUAGAAUUUGAGCAAUGAUGAAGCAAAUGCAGAAAAAUGGCAAGUGGGCACUUGAGGUCGAGGAGGAUGAGAGACAUCAUGGGCAGGAAAAGCGGAAGUGUGUGCUCUGCUUUAUUUGCCAUUGUUUCUCUCAUAAAUAUGUUUUGUACAUCCAGCAGUUACAAUUUUUUAAAAAAAAUUUUACUUUUAAAGUUAUUCUCUAUUCUUCCCACCUUUCAGUAAUUCCUUUCCCAGUAAGUUCACAUGUAAUUAUUUGAAAUUCUAUAUAGGAAAAACAUUAAAAUACUGUUAUAACUGUUUCAUAUGCUGGGAAAAGAUAAAAGUAAUCAAAUUCGUUUUUUUUUUUUUUCCAGAAGACUCCUUUUGUAACAGUAUUUAUUGAUGUAACUCCACCAGCAAACCAUGAGUAUAUUUUAGGCCAGUCAGUUUAGAACGGAGGCCUUGGGCUACACUGCACACUCAGCCUUGGUCACAUCUGGUAGCAGCUGGUGCUGUAGAUUAUUAAUAUCUUUUAUGGCAGCACAGAGUAGUGGUAGGUUUGAUAUACAUGACAAAAUAGUAUUAAAGCUCAGUAUUUUAUGCAUUUUUUAGCGUUUAAAAAUAUUUUGCUUUAGUGUGAGGAAGGUUAAGAUGGGCAAGGAAGUGAUAAAAUAGCUAUUGCUAUGACAUAAAAACAAAGUUGGGGCAGUAUUUCUAUAAAAAGAUAAGCCUCUAAAAGUGCUUAGCAGAAACAGCGUAGUGUUAAAAUAGAACAAUGAUAUUAAGGAGAAAAUGAAAGGAUGUAUCAGAAAUAAAGUGAUAAUGCAUAGGGGAAUUGUAUUUUUAUGAAUUUUAUGCCAGUUUACAUGUAUUAUAUAUGUUAAAUAA